AGGGUGUAUACAUGUGCUCUGUAGCUAUGUGGUGAAAACUACAACUUUCGCAAGCAUCAUAAAACGUGAAAUUGGUUUUGGUUUUCCAUGUAUCCUGUUCUUUAUUUUGAAAUGUUCCCACUGACAUUCAAAACACUAUUUCAUUGACUGAAAAGUUACCAAGUAAUUUGCAAAGUUGGUUAUGGGUACUCGAUUCCAUAAUCUGGAACUGGUUCCUGACAUUAACGGUCGGGUACUCGGGUACCCGGCUCUGAUGCACAGCUCUAUGGGGCAAUCACUUGUUUGUUAUAAUUUUGAGCUUUUUCAGACACGGGUUUGUUCUGUUUUGAUCAGGUCACAUCUGAAAUAUGGCGGAGGCUGCAGCCAGAACUGUCUUGGACAAGAUCAGCCAGGGACAUCUGGAAUGUCCGAUCUGUUGCUGUCGUUUCAAGGAUCCCAAGAUGCUGGACUGUCUGCACAGCUUUUGUCUGAAGUGUCUGGAAGAGAUGAUGAGCAAACAGAAGCCAGGGGCAGAGAAGAUAACAUGUCCAGUCUGCAGGAGAGAGACGCAAGUUCCUGAUGGAGGAUUGCAGAGUCUUUCUUCGUCUUUCUUUCUUAGUUCUCUUGUCGAUGAGGUCAAACAACAGGAGGCAGUAUUAGGAGAUGCAUCGGCACCUACCGCCACAUGUGACUGCGGAGAAGGCAAGGAGGUCAUUUGGAGGUGUCUUGAUUGUAGUGAUAACCUCUGCCAGGAAUGCCGGAAAGCCCAUGAGAGGGUCAAGUCCACCAAAGACCAUCGAAUCAUCUCAUUGGGAGAUUGGCACAAAUCUAAGAUCCCUCCAGCAGAACACAGCAAACCCAUCACCCGAAUGUGUACGAUCCACCAUGACCAUCCUCUGUGUUUCUUCUGUGACACAUGCGACACCUUAAUCUGCUCAAUGUGUGCCGCAUUAGGUCAUCGGUCGGCAGAGCACAAUUUCCUAAACAUUGAUGACCUGAUCAGGUCCUUCCGCAGUGAGGUCGAAAACAUACUGCAGAAGUUCGAGAAGAGCAGGCAGCACUUCAAAUCUACUGAAAAGUCAAUCCAACAUGCACAAAAUAGAUUACAAAAGAAACUGGCUCAGGCUCGUAGUGAUAUUGAUGCAAAAGCGGAGGCAGAGAUCACUAAAAUCAGAAACAAAGCAAAGCUUCUCACCGACAAGGUCAACGAAAUCGGUCAGGAGAGAGUCAGUAAGUACGAAAAGGCGCUCACGCAUAACCAUGAGCAGAUGGAACGCGCAGAUCAGACCAUCGCGGCAGUAAAUGACUUGAUGAGUCAAGCCGAUGAUUUUGAGCUUUUGGAGCUCAAGCCAAAGGUGAUGCACAACUUGGAAUUCCAGGAGCUCAAGUGUGAACCGGCGAAUUAUGGUCUGUCAUUCAUUGGUGUCAGAUUUCAAGACGUUGUGAGUGAUGCAGAUCUUGGGGAGGUCUGUGUCAGUGAGAAAUGGCAGUUAAAGGAAGAGUUCGGCAAAAGAGGUACCGGUGACGAGGAAUUUGACUUCGCCACGGCUGUUGCAUGUUUCAGAAAUGGAGACAUCGUAGUAACUGACACAAUUUUAAAACGGUUAUCGUUGUUUAGCUCAACUGGUCAGUAUAAAACAUCGGUCGCUCAGGGAGAUGCUAAGCAUCAGUUGGAAGCUCCUUUUGGCGCUGCCAUGACCCAUGAUGAUCUGCUUUUCGUCACGGACAAAAAGAAAGUGAAGGUUUUUGACAAUGAGCUCCAGUUUGUUCGCGAGUUUACGCCUUCGGCUGACGAUGCGGAUGGGCAAUCAGAGAGUUACCUCACUGGUGUUGCUGUUGACAGUCAACGAGUAGCAGUCGCUGACAGGGGGAGAAAGCUCAUCAGUGUCCACAACCUGGACGGAUCAUUGAUUUCAAGUAUCUUGAAUAGCAUGGUUGACUAUUACUUGGCAAUAAGCAAUUUUGGCUGUUUAGUCUUCGCAAACUUCGAGGGCCAAAGUUUUUUUUGCGUUAACUUUGAAGGUAAAGAGAUGUUUAGUGUCAAGACAUUCGUGAAUGGCAAAGCUGCUAAGCCAGCUGGUGUCCUGUGCGAUGAUGAUGAGACCAUCUAUGUUGUUGUUCAUCCUGGAAAAAGGGAAGACUCUGAAGUGCAGCGAUACGAUUCAAAUGGUGCACUUGUAGCAACGGUAGCUCAAGGGUUGUUCAAUCCGUUAGGAAUGGUAUUCACCCCCGCUGGCGACGUAGUUGUUGCUGACCUACACUCUGUUAAGAUCUUUGAGCGGAUGUGAUUUGCCUGAUGGCCCUCCGAAAAACUAACUGCUAUAUUUGAACCGGGGUUAACCUGCAUCUGAUGAUUUGCUUUACAAGGCCUAGCAGAACAUGACCUGUUGUAGUUGAACCAGCUACAUUCAUGAAAUUAUAAUAUUUACUCAGAUUGUAAAACCCGUUUGAAAUUGAGUUAACUGGUAACGUUGGUGUGUUUCAGUUAAUCUCCCUCAAUGCAUUUUGGCAUGUGCGUUGGCCUGGGUAGGCCUACACCGCGUUAUGGGGACGUUUUUUAUUGUUAGGCGAAUUAGGACCGAGUUAUGGGGACUUUCUGCUGGUCCCACAUGUUUUCGGUCCCAACAAAUGUGUGAGUAGGUCUAUGGUGUACUCUCCAGUAAUAAUGUAUCGGAAAAAGAGAAAUCCAAUCAUCAACAGUGUAGAAAGAGAAAAAGCGUUCAAUGUUUCUUGAUCCGUAGAACAGUUUUUGCUGACAAACUAUUUUAAGAUUGAAGGGACCGUAAAUUCACAAAAUUAACUUUACUACUGUAAUGUCGUAAAAAAAUCACUGUAUUUAAUGUUAUAAUAAUAAAAAAGUCCAUAACUUUUAUGUCACGUAAUAUGAAAUGUCUUAACUCUUAAUGAAGCAAAUUUCGCCAAUCUUCAUUUUGUAAAAGUACAUUGUAUAUGUAACAUAAUGGCAUGAGACUAAGUAAAUAUUCAAUUCAAAGCUUUGUAAAUUUUGCAUGUUUUGUUAAUUCCUUGGAUCACAAAACUGACGACCAUCACACAAAACAUUUGUGCAAUGUCCAUUUUGUGCUUCCGUAGUUAACGCGGGCAGACUGCAUGUUUGAACUCUGAACUUGAAUUAAGAGCAGCGUUGUAGUACUCGUACUCAUACUUGAAUGCCAAAGUACUCGUACUCGAAAUGACGGUACUUGUACUCGGGCAGCAAAGUACUCAUACUUGACAUGAUGAAUUUUUACUUGCUUAUCAAAGUACUCGUACUUGAAUAGCAGUACUAAAAAAAAAUGGUAUAGAUUGACUUACCACGGCCUUAUUUUAUUAUCGAUAUUUUCAGUUGGAAAUGUUUGAUUUACUUGCAGAGACAUCAAAGUUUGCUGAUUUUUUUCUGUGUACGUCCGGACAAACACAUUUAACAGCUAGCUGUGAGUGGGUCUGUAUAUCGGUCUGACUGGGCCUGGGACAAUUAUGCACAAUGAACCAUGGCCGUAUGGCUGUAUUGGAAAUAGAAGUACUCGUACUC